GGGAUUUUCACAUUAUCCGCGGCGGUAUUUUGGCCCAGACGAUGGCAUAAAAAAAGUAUAUGUAUAUAUAUAUAUAUAUAUUUCACUCGGGGAAAGUAAUUUAAGAUUCUCUUUUUUGUAUAUAUAUAUAUAUAUAUAUAAAUAUAAUGUUGAUCUCAAUGUGUCUCGACAAUGAAUAUUUUCCCAUGAUCUAGAUUUUGUUGAAAAUCUAUAAUAAUCUCAAAUCAAAAAAGUGCGAAGUUUCAAAAUAUAGGAAUUAAUUAUGAAUCUUUGUCCUGAUUUUUUGAUACUUGAAAGUUCGGUGAUUCAUAUUUUCAUUUUAAAAGUGCGGUGUAAAUAUUUUGCGAUAUAAACAAAAUAGAAAAGAGAAUUUAUAGCAAAAAAAAAGGCGAUGAUCCAGAUUUUUUACGUUUGUGGUGUUUAAUAAUAUUUGAAGCUGUCAAAUAAAAAAGAAAAUGGGUUUUUCCACGAGCCUACAGGGCCAGGCUUCUCAUGAGGCUCUUUUGGGACGCCAGGAAGCUGAAAUUAAACUUUUGGAGACAAUGCGCCGGUGUCUUGCAACAAAAGUUAAAUCUGAUCGCGAAUAUGCUUCAACUAUUUCUUCCUUAACUGUUCAGGGCAGAAAAAUCGAACGAACCGAGGAACUUAUUGGAAGUAUGAUCGCUCAGGGUUGGCGAGAAAUAAUGGACUCUAUAGAUCAAACAGCAAAACUUAUAAAACAACAAGCCGACACAAUGGAAAAUAUUGUUGUUGAUAAUAUUAGCUUUCUUUAUUCAGAGCGUAGACGUGCAAGAAAAUUGUAUCAAGAAGAACAGACUUGGUUAAAUAAUCAAUUUCAACAGUUAACAGACGAUGUCGCUAGAAAAAAGGCGGAUUACCAAAAGAGUCUAGAAUCAUACAAAUUGAUGAGAUCCCGCUUUGAAGAGCAUUACGUAAAAUCCGGAAGAGGUGGAAGAAAAUUGGACGAAGUGAGAGAAAAAUAUCAAAAAGCAUGUAGAAAAUUACAUUUGACUCAUAAUGAAUAUGUUUUACUUCUCGGCGCUGUUACGGAAUGUGAAAAUGAUUUAAGGACUUGUUAUUUACCGAGUCUUCUUAAUAGGCAACAAACAAUUCAUCAGGACUUUAUUUCUUCUUGGAAAAUUAUUAUGCAAGAUGUGGUCAAGUAUUCAGAUUUUACGACAGAUAAAUUUUUAGAUAUUCACACUCGUAUGAGAAAAGCAGUGGAUACAAUAAAACCAAUUGAAGAGUACAAGGAUUUCGUGGGAAAACAUAGAACGAGGCCAGCUUCACCAAUAAGAUUUACGUUUGAUGAAAAUCUCGUGGAAGACACAUCGGGAAAAUUAUUGCCAAAUAAAUUGACCGUCGACAAUUUAACGAUAGACUGGUUGCGAAAUCGUUUGUCAGAACUGGAAGCUUCUUUAAAAACAACACAGCAUAGUCGACAGGCUUCGCAAUCCUUGGACAAUAAUUGUGAUUCUAAAACAUCUCUAUUUGAUUAUUCACAAGAAAGAGAAGAGUUGAAACUUCGUUGUCAGGAAAAGAAAUUACAGAGACAGGCCGAAGUGAUAAGAAGUGCACUUAAUGAACUUGGUUGCGAAGAAUUGCCAUCAGGUUGUGAUCUUUCAGUCGAAGGAUCUUUCACGGAAACACCCACAAUAAGCAAAGUAAGUAAAUUACAAUUACAGAAAAAAACAAUCGUCGAAAAUGGUUUUUUCACGCUUAGACGAAAUCAACGAUUCAUGACAAUAAUAAAAUCUCCUUUUAAAUCAUUGCCAAUGAUUCAUGAAACGCAAAACGGAAUGAUUAGAGCUGGUAGCGAAGGUGCUACACCAAAAAUCGUCAAUGAUCCACCUGUUGUUCCCCUUCGUGGAAUAACAAAUUCAGCGAAUAAUCAAAAAGGAAGUGGAAAUUCUGGUUUAAUAGAGGAAGAAUGGUUUCAUGGUGUUUUACCAAGAGAAGAAGUCGUGAGACUUUUGGUAAAUAAAGGCGAUUUUCUAGUGAGAGAAACUACCAGAAAUGACGAGUGUCAAAUUGCUUUAUCAGUCUGUUGGGAUGGACAUAAACAUUUUAUCGUUCAAACCACUCCCGAGGGACAUUAUCGAUUUGAAGGACCGAUGUUUCCUUCAAUUCCAGAACUCAUAGUACAUCAAUUAAAAUCUGGUUUACCAGUAACUAGUCGAUCAGGAGCGAUUCUAAAAACUCCAAUUCUUCGUGAACGGUGGGAACUUAAUAACGAUGAUGUUAUUCUUUUGGAGAAAAUAGGACGUGGUAAUUUUGGAGACGUUUAUAAGGCACAGUUAAAAUCGUGUAAGACUGAAGUAGCUGUAAAGACAUGUAAAGUAACAUUGCCAGAUGAGCAGAAGAAAAAGUUUUUGCAGGAGGGCAGAAUUUUAAAGCAAUACGAUCAUCCAAAUAUUGUGAAACUCAUUGGAAUUUGUGUUCAAAAACAGCCUAUUAUGAUUGUCAUGGAAUUAGUUCCGGGAGGUUCUCUGCUUACGUAUCUUAAAAACAAUAAAAAUACCAUUACACAAAAAGAACAGCUUCGAAUGUGUAAAGACGCGGCUGCAGGAAUGCGUUAUUUAGAAUCGAAAUCUUGUAUACACAGGGAUUUGGCUGCAAGAAAUUGUCUCGUAGGAUAUGAGACAAUUGUAAAAAUAUCAGAUUUCGGAAUGUCUCGUGAGGAGGAAGAAUACAUUGUCUCGGAUGGAAUGAAACAAAUUCCAAUUAAAUGGACAGCACCAGAGGCUCUUAAUUUUGGAAAAUAUACUUCUCUCUGUGAUGUUUGGAGUUAUGGAGUUUUAAUGUGGGAGAUAUUCUCAAAAGGCGGUAGUCCUUAUCAUGGAAUGUCCAAUUCUCAAGCGCGAGAACAAAUUGACAAAGGUUAUCGAAUGCCAGCACCGGAGGGAACACCCGACGAAGUUUAUCGAUUAAUGUCACGUUGCUGGGAAUAUGAUCCAGAAAAUAGACCACAUUUCGAUCAAAUUUUUUCAAUAGUCGAGACUUUAUCACAAGCUUACUUAUAAAAAAAAAUUAGAUUUAUCUGCAAAAGUAAAAAAUGUUUUUAUAACAAAAUUUAUUCAAAUUUGAAUCGUUUUUUGAGAAUUUCAAAUACUUAAUUGUGAGAAAAUAUGAAAUUGUCAAAAUAUUUGUUGAAACCCUCGCAAGGGUAUUAUUAUUAUUAUUUUUUUAUUAAUUAAUUUCAACAUUAUUAGUGCAAUAUAUUUCAAGUGAAUUAUUUGUUAGUCGUUAAAGAGAACUUUUUUUUCUGUAUAAAGCAUUAUAAAAUGUAUUUUUUGUUUUAUUUUUAUUUUUUUAUAUAUGAGAAAAAAAGAAAUGUUCGCAGAGUUUAAUAAUUUUUUUUUUAAUUUUUUCAUUAUUUUCCAGAGUAUUAUAAAAAAAAUAGGAAUUUAUGUUUAUUUUGUAAGCGCAAUUUAUUUAGCAAUCUGUUAUAUUUUUUUCAAUCAUUUUAAAAUUAUAUAAUUGUAUAUGAUCGAUGAAACGUAAUAAUAUUAUUUUUAAGUCGCAAGUCAUGAAAUUACGUCCAAAUAUUUUAGUUACAAGUUAUAUUAGCGAUUUAAAGAGUGUUGAUGGAUUUUUUUUUAAAUAUAGAUAACAAUGUUUUCUACGUCAUCCUUUUUUUUUAAUUAAAAAGAAGUAUUUAUUCUGUGAUUUUCAUGAUUUUUUUCCCCCAGAGAGAGAGAGAGAAAGAGAGAGAGAGAGA